GAAGGUGACGUUGCAGGCGGCGAGGCUGCCAGCCCGCUGAGGGCAGGGCACAGUGACUGACUCACAGGGUGUGCCGGGAGGAGCGAAAGGGGAGGCUGUCGGAGGUGAGGAUGAGAAAAGGGGGAGGAGCCGUGUCGAAGGAGGCGACGCAGCUGCCCCUCCCCUAUGCAGCUGGAGCGGGGGGGGGGAUAUUCUCUGAGCAUGCGUACCAGCUGUUUGGCGUAGAGCCGCUCGGGACGUCCCAACGGUCGCUCUCGCCCCCGUAUCCUGACGGUCGGGGCGGGGAAAGAGAGCGAGCGCCCCGAGGGAAUCUCGCGAGAGGUUUUCCCUCCACUUCUACGCUCCCCUCCUCCUCCGACAGGACGGGAUCUUUCGAGAUCUCUCCCCCUCCCCUGAGAGGAGGCUGCCGGAGCCGCUGCUCAUUUAAACGGGCUCAGUCGGCUACGUCGGCACUAGGGAGGCGUAGGCGCCGGUCGGGGCCGAACCAGACGCUUCAGCCGCCCUUCCCGAGCUCCUCAGCCUUUCAGUCUUCGCCCGGCACCCUCCGCUCGUCUCCCGGAUCCCUCCUCAGCCCACCCCCGCCCUCAGCAUGUCGGUGGUGGGCAUCGAUCUGGGCUUCCAGAGCUGCUAUGUAGCCGUGGCCCGGGCCGGAGGCAUCGAGACCGUCGCCAACGAGUACAGCGACCGCAGCACCCCGUCAUGUAUAGCCUUUGGACCCAAGAAUCGUUCAAUUGGAGCUGCAGCUAAAAGCCAAGUUAUUUCAAAUGCAAAGAACGCUGUACAAGGUUUUAAAAGAUUUCAUGGCCGUGCAUUCUCAGAUCCCUUUGUUCAAGCUGAAAAAGAUAACCUGGCGUAUGAACUUGUCCAGCUGCCGACAGGCUCAGCUGGCAUCAAGGUUAUGUAUCUGGAAGAAGAACGAAACUUUACCAUUGAGCAGGUGACAGGAAUGCUCCUCACAAAACUAAAAGAAACUGCUGAGAAUGCCCUUAAGAAGCCUGUAGUUGACUGUGUUGUUUCUGUUCCGUGUUUCUAUACAGAUGCGGAGAGGAGAUCUGUGAUGGACGCUACACAGAUUGCUGGCCUCAACUGCUUGCGACUAAUAAAUGAAACUACUUCAGUUGCUCUUGCAUAUGGAAUCUAUAAACAAGACCUGCCUGCCCUAGAAGAGAAGCCAAGAAAUGUCGUUUUUGUUGAUAUGGGACAUUCUGCAUAUCAAGUUUCAGUAUGCGCAUUCAACAAAGGAAAACUGAAAGUUCUUGCUACAGCAUUUGACACCACACUUGGUGGCAGGAAGUUUGAUGAAAUGUUAGUUAACUAUUUUUGUGAAGAAUUUGGGAAAAAAUAUAAAUUAGACAUCAAAUCAAAGAUUCGUCCGUUGCUGAGACUAUUUCAGGAGUGUGAGAAACUGAAGAAGCUGAUGAGUGCUAAUGCCUCUGAUCUCCCAAUGAACAUAGAAUGCUUCAUGAACGAUAUUGAUGUUUCUGGAACUAUGAACAGGGGCAAAUUUUUAGAGAUGUGUGAUGGUCUCUUAGCUAGAGUAGAACCACCUCUUCGCAGUGUUCUGGAACAAGCCAAGUUAAAGAAGGAGGAUAUUUAUGCAGUAGAAAUAGUUGGUGGUACUACAAGAAUCCCUGCUGUAAAGGAGAGGAUCAGUAAAUUUUUCGGUAAAGAAGUCAGUACAACUUUGAAUGCAGAUGAGGCUGUUACACGAGGCUGUGCAUUGCAGUGUGCUAUUUUGUCCCCGGCUUUCAAAGUGAGAGAAUUUUCUAUCACAGAUUUGGUACCAUACCCUAUUUCUUUAAGAUGGAAUUCACCAGCAGAGGAAGGGUUAAGCAACUGUGAAGUUUUCCCCAAGAAUCAUGCAGCUCCAUUCUCCAAGGUCCUCUCAUUCUUCAGAAGGGAGCCUUUCACUCUUGAGGCCUACUAUACUACUCCCAAGGAGUUGCCUUACCCAGAUCCUGCUAUAGCUCAAUUUUUGGUUCAAAAAGUCACGCCGCAAACAGAUGGAUCCAGUUCAAAAGUGAAAGUCAAAGUUAGAGUAAACAUCCAUGGUAUUUUCAGUGUUUCCAGUGCAUCUUUAGUAGAGGUUCACAAAUCUGAUGAGAAUGAAGAGCCCAUGGAAACAGACCAGCAUGCAAAAGAGGAAGAGAAGAUGCAAGUUGACCAGGAAGAGCAACAAAAGAAUGAAGAGCAGCAGCCAGUACAAGCUGACAGUAAAGCAGAGUCUGAAGAAAUGGAGACAUCUCAGGCUGGAUCAAAAGACAAGAAAAUGGAUCAACCUCCUCAAGCCAAGAAGGCUAAAGUAAAGACUAGUACAGUGGACCUUCCCAUUGAGAAUCGGUUGCUGUGGCAGAUAGGGAAGGAUAUGCUGAAUUUAUUCAUUGAGAAUGAGGGUAAAAUGAUCAUGCAGGAUAAACUGGAGAAGGAGCGGAAUGAUGCCAAGAAUGCAGUGGAGGAAUAUGUGUAUGAUAUGAGAGACAAGCUCUGUGGCUUGUAUGAGAAAUUUGUUAGCGAAGAUGAUAGAAGUAGUUUCACUUUGAAACUGGAAGACACUGAAAAUUGGCUAUAUGAAGAUGGUGAAGACCAACCCAAACAAGUUUACAUUGAUAAAUUAACUGAACUCAAGUCUUUGGGUCUGCCUAUUCAGGCACGGUUUCAAGAAUCAGAGGAAAGACCAAAAGCUUUUGAGGAUCUGGGGAAGCAAAUACAACAGUAUAUGAAAGUUAUUCAUGCAUUCAAAGCAAAGGAUGAACAGUAUGACCAUUUAGAUGCAGCAGAUAUGGUAAAAGUGGAGAAGAGUGUAAGUGAAGCUAUGGAAUGGAUGAACAAUAAGCUUAAUCUUCAGAACAAGAGAAGUCUUACUUUGGACCCAGUUAUAAAGACUAAGGACAUCCAAGCUAAAACUAAAGAAUUGACAGGUAUCUGCAAUCCUAUAGUCACAAAACCAAAACCCAAGGCAGAACUCCCUAAAGAGGAGCAAAAUCCAGCUGAACAGAAUGGACCAGUAGAAGGCCAGGGAGAUGCCAACACAAGGUCCCAGCCUGCUGAACAGAGCAUUAACCCAACUACUCCAACAGCUACAGAAAAGAAACUCCCAGAAAUGGACAUUGACUGAAUGUCAGCACUUGUUUAUAUUACAAACUACAAUAAAGCUUUAAAUUGUCAACUUCGUAUGUUCUGAAUAUAAAUUGGAGCAAGUGAAUACUACAACUUUAUCACAGUAAUGUUUGGAGAGGAUUGGUUAAUGUAUUGAGAGUCAAAAUAUGUAGGUAGUUAACUACUCCAGUCAAGUAUAUUGUAUCUCUUGCCAUAAUGAGUGUAUUUAGAAGUCCCUAGUAAUCCUUAAUAGAUUUACUGAAACAGCCAUCAACUAACCCUGUUUUUUUAAAUUAUGUUCAUGCAGAGUCUUGUUUUAAAGAAGUAAGAUGGCAGAACUUGAAACUUCUAACUUACCACUAAGUUUCUUUUGUGGUUUUCAGCAACUAUAAGUGUCCAUUAAUAUUUCAAAGACUACAUGGAGAUGACAGUGAGGUUUUUAGCUCUUUUCCAGAGCACAGAGGAACAUAAGCUAAAUGAAAUACCAUUUGAAUCUAGUUCUUACUUCUCAGUAACAGACAAAAUAGACAUGUUCCAGUCUGUGUGAAUUCCACUAACUUCAUGUUUGCACUUUUGCAUUUGAUUAGCUCUGAAACAGGUAUGGAGCCCUGGAUGAGGUGACCAGUAUACUGGUGGUAUUAUGUUCUUAAGAACUGAGCUCUAAGAUUCUUCGUCAGCUGGUGUCCAUGCUCUAUUAUGGGUAGUGUUUUAAUACUGAGUAUAAAAUCAAAUUCAUAUAUCUGAUAUGCAGAGUAGCAAUUAUAUACAUCUCUAUUUCAGACUAUCUGAACCUGCUAUUAGAUAUGCAAGUGUGUAUGUUGAUAAACUCUCCCUAGCCAUCUAAAUAUUGUAUAAAACUUUUGUCCCUAGUUAAAUGAGCUGCUUGUAGAGAUUGAGGAUUUAUACUCCUGGCUGCUUGCACUGAUGGAUGAUUCUGAUUAGUUGCUAACCACUGAAAGAGAUAUACUUGCUUCCAUGAGACCUGCAUUUGAAAUGUUUGGUUUAAUUAACUUACAGCAAGAGAAAUUCGGCUUUUUUUUUCAUGAGCUCCUCUACCCAUGACUUCGCUUCUAGUAUUGAUAAUUGUCAUAUAAACCUGAAAACAUUAAUUUGUAUGUGUUUUAAAUCAAAAGUUGAAACAGCCACACAUUACAAGAAAUAAAUGCACUGGAUUGUACUGGA